GCAGUCAAGUUUUAUACUAAAGUAAUAAAAAAAUUAUUAUACAAAUUUGUAUUUUGAAUAAAUUAAAUUAUAGAUGCUAUUAGUUAACAGUGUGAUUUAUUGAUUUUAGAACGUGAUAAAAUGAAUUUUCGAAAAACAAUGAGUAUUGUAUUUGACAUUGCUGUGUUUAUAUUCAUGGCAAUAAUUGAUAUUACCAAGGCUUUUUUAUUGUUCAUGAUACCUCGAAAAUAUAAAUGUAAAAGUGUUCAAGGUGAGGUUGUAUUAAUAACUGGUGGAGCUAGCGGAAUUGGUAGAUUAAUUGCAAUUAAAUUAGCUGGACUUGGUGCUCAUAUUGUUAUUUGGGAUAUUGAUAAAUCAGGUAUUGAAAAAGUGGUUAAUGAAAUUAAAUCAUUAAAUGGAAAUUGUACUGGUUAUAUUUGUGAUAUCACAAAAAAAAAUGAAGUUUAUAAAAUUGCUAAAACUGUUAAAAAAGAAAUUGGAAAUGUAACAAUUCUGGUAAAUAAUGCUGGUUAUGUCUACACAAAAACAAUUGUUGAUAGUACCGAUGAACAAAUUGAAAAAAUUUUUAAAACUAAUAUACUUUCUCAUUUUUGGACAACUAAAUCAUUUUUACCGAAUAUGAUGAAAAAUAAUCAUGGUCAUAUUGUAACAAUUUCGAGCAUGGCUGGUUUCAUUGGUGGAUACAGAACAACCGGUUAUUCAACAACUAAAUAUGCAACUGUUGGUUAUCACAAAUCUUUGUUUACAGAAUUAAAUGCCGAUGGAUAUGAUGGAAUUCACAUGACAUUAGUGUGUCCAUAUUUUAUUCACACAAUUGGUCUAUUUCCAAACGUGAGACCGAGAAUUUUAGGCGCAUUGGAUCCAAAUUACACUGUUAAAGAAAUUGUUUUUGGAAUAUUGACAAAUAAAAAAACUAUUGUGCUACCAUCAAAGAGCUUGAAAUUAAUCAUCGCUUUAAUAGAACUUUUUCCUACAAAAUCAUACACUCGACUUGUUAAAAAAGUUUAUAAAGCUGAAGAAUUGAUCAAAUCUUUUUCACAAUGUGAAAAUUUAAACAUAAAUUGA